AAGCCCGCCCCACGCCUAGAGUGUUCGGAAGACCCGCCUCUUCUCUAAGGUUAAGCAGGAAGGCCAGGAUUGGAGGCUCAGGCAGCGACGUAAAUUUCCGCUUUGGGUGGCCUUCCGCUCCAACAGCUGUCGGGAGGGGGUCGGGGAACAUUUAGAGGGGCUCCCCGACCGGUUAGCCCUUGAAAGUGCGAUGAGAUCGGUCAGCUACGUGCAGCGUGUAGCCCUAGAGUUCAGCGGAAGCCUCUUCCCGCAUGCAAUCUGCCUCGGAGACGUCGACAACGAUACGUUAAAUGAACUGGUGGUGGGAGACACCAGUGGGAAGCUCUCUGUGUACAAGAAUGAUGACAGCCGGCCAUGGCUCACCUGUUCCUGUCAGGGAAUGCUGACUUGCGUUGGGGUUGGAGAUGUAUGUAACAGAGGAAAGAACCUGGUGGUGGCAGUGAGUGCUGAGGGCUGGUUUCACUUGUUUGACCUGACACCUGCCAGGACCCUGGAUGCUUCCGGGCACCAUGACACCCUCAUGGGAGAGGAGCAGCGUCCGAUCUUUAAGCAGCACAUCCCUGCCAACACCAAGGUCAUGCUGAUCAGCGACAUCGAUGGAGACGGGUGCAACGAGCUGGUGGUAGGUUACACCGACCGUGUGGUGCGGGCUUUCCGCUGGGAGGACCUGGGCGAGGGCACUGAGCAUCUGACGGGGCAGCUGGUGUCACUCAAGAAAUGGACGCUGGAAGGUCAGGUGGACAGUCUCUCGGUGACUCCGGGGCCCCUGGGUGUUCCUGAAUUGAUAGUAUCGCAGCCGGGCUGUGCUUAUGCAGUUCUCCUGUGUACCUGGAACAAGGACACUGGGUACUCCGCCACCUCUGACGGGACCACAGAGGGCAGUAGGGAGACACCGGCCGCCCGAGAUGUUGUGCUGCACCAGACGUCCGGCCGCAUCCACAACAAGAAUGUCUCUACUCACCUCAUUGGCAACAUCAAACGAGGCCACAGCCCUGAGAGUGGUGGCUCUGGCCUCUUCGCCCUCUGCACCCUGGAUGGGACACUGAAGCUGAUGGAGGAAGCAGACAAGCUGCUGUGGUCCGUGCAGGUGGAUCACCAGCUUUUCGCCCUAGAGAAGUUGGAUGUCACGGGCAACGGGCACGAAGAGGUGGUUGCCUGUGCCUGGGAUGGACAGACGUAUAUCAUUGAUCACAACCGCACGGUUGUCCGCUUCCAAGUGGACGAGAAUGUUCGAGCCUUCUGCGCAGGUCUGUAUGCCUGCAAAGAGGGCCGCAACAGCCCCUGCCUCGUGUACGUCACCUUCAACCAAAAGAUCUAUGUGUACUGGGAGGUGCAGCUCGAGCGGAUGGAGUCUACCAAUCUGCUGAAAUUGCUGGAGGCUGAGCCCGAGUUCCAGAGCCUGCUGCAGGAGCUGGGCAUGGAUCCUGAUGACCUCCCAGCAGCCCGCACCCUGGUUCACCAAACCCUCUACCACCCUGAGCAGCCACCACAGUGUGCUCCUGCAGGCCUCCAGGACCCCACCUAGCUGGACUCCCCCUCUUAGCUGAAGAAGGAGCCUUCUGAACCUCUCUACCCCCAAGGUAUCCACGGCAUUGGCAGGAUAGGGAAUAGAGAUUACAGAGGAACACGGACAGAUGGCAGCAACCCGAGGGUGACUGAACUGCGGACCGCAUGGUCUUCUUGGGGAGAGAAGAGACAAGUUGACUCUCUGCCCAUUUUCUUAUGUACCUCGCCCAUCACAUCAGCAGGGUUGUAGUACCCUGACCUUAUUCCACAUUAUCUGACACUGCCCCCUCCCAGAGCUCCCCAGCCUUGCCGUACUUAUUCGUAAGGAGGGGCCCAAAUCUUUUGCAUGUUCCCGACACUCAUGAGGAAACCGCUUCGGGGCCAGUGGCGCAGGGAGGUAACGGCUCUGCCCCAUCCCAGGCUCCACCUCCCAGGUCACCGACAGUAGGAAUGACUCCCGGAAUGGCAGACCGUUUGCUUUGUUUGGGAGGGUCUUUCAGGACAUUUUACAGUCUGGUUUUUCUGUGUCCCCAGCAACCCUGAGAUGAUUUUGCUCUAUUUUCCAAAGAAACGAGGCCAACAGUCUCUCAUUUUGCCAUAUUUGUCAAGUAUUGUGCAGCUUCAUAGGCCUUGCUCCAUUUCCCACCCACCUGGCCCCAUAAAGGCACCGCAUCGUCUAUCAGACAAUCGGCAUUUAAAACCUGGUGCAGGUUUCUGAUCCAGACCAUCAUCAGAGUGAUAUCUUGGGCCAUUUAUAUCUUCUGCUCUUAAUUCUGUGCUUUAAAUCAGUACUUUUCAAAUUGUAGGUGGCGAUCGUUUAGUGGGUUGUGGUCAGCACUUUUUGAAUAAAUGAAAUAGAGUGAAGAAUAAAGUAUA